CCGCUGCCGCCGCUGCUGCCUGGAUAUAGUGCGGCAAGGAGCGGAGCUUGCAGUCACUUUGCGAGGAGGAGCGCGCGGGCUGCGGGCGGCUGGGGCACCCCGGGAGCGGCGGCGGCUCUAGCAGAGACGGCCGUGGCAGCGGAAGGUUCUCUCUCCAGGCUGGACUUAAUAACUUUGGAACUGUCCACCAGUGUCACGUCCUGAACAUGAGCCUCCUCCUCUCCUUCUACCUGCUCGGGUUGCUUGUCAGUAGCGGGCAAGCUCUUCUUCAAGUGACAAUUUCACUUAGCAAAGUAGAGCUCAGUGUGGGCGAAUCUAAAUUCUUCACAUGUACAGCAAUUGGUGAACCUGAGAGCAUAGAUUGGUAUAACCCUCAAGGAGAGAAGAUAAUUUCGACACAGAGGGUAGUGGUGCAAAAGGAAGGUGUUAGGUCACGAUUAACCAUCUACAACGCAAAUAUUGAAGAUGCAGGGAUAUAUCGUUGUCAAGCAACAGAUGCCAAAGGACAGACCCAAGAAGCUACAGUUGUUUUGGAAAUUUACCAAAAACUGACUUUCAAAGAAGUUGUAUCUCCUCAAGAAUUCAAACAAGGAGAGGAUGCAGAAGUGGUUUGCCGAGUUAGCAGCUCACCUGCACCUGUUGUCAGCUGGUUGUAUCAUAAUGAGGAAGUCUCUGCUAUUUCCGACAAUCGGUUCGCUAUGUUAGCAAACAAUAAUCUGCAGAUUCUCAACAUCAAUAAAAGCGAUGAAGGUAUAUACAGGUGUGAAGGAAGAGUGGAAGCUAGGGGAGAAAUUGACUUCCGAGAUAUCAUUGUUAUUGUUAAUGUACCGCCGGCAAUCACAAUGCCUCAGAAAUCCUUUAAUGCCACUGCAGAGAGAGGAGAAGAGAUAACAUUAUCCUGUAAGGCUGCGGGCUCUCCGGAACCCACCAUCAGCUGGUACAGAAAUGGCAAGCUCAUUGAAGAAAAUGAAAAGUACAUAUUGAAAGGAAGCAAUACAGAGCUUACUGUCAGGAAUAUAAUUAAUAGUGAUGGGGGCCUUUAUGUCUGCAAGGCCACAAAUAAAGCAGGAGAAGAUGAGAAGCAGGCAUUCCUCCAAGUCUUUGUACAGCCUCAUAUAAUACAACUUAAAAAUGAGACUACCUAUGAAAACGGUCAAGUCACACUCAUAUGCGAAGCAGAAGGGGAGCCCAUUCCAGAAAUCACUUGGAAAAGAGCCUUGGAUGGCAUCAUGUUUUCUGAAGGCGAUAAGAGCCCAGACAGCCGUAUCGAAGUUAAAGGGCAACGUGGAAGCUCAUCACUGCAUAUAAAAGACGUGAAGUUGUCAGAUUCAGGGAGAUAUGACUGUGAAGCUGCAAGUAGAAUUGGAGGGCACCAAAAGAGCAUGUACCUUGAUAUUGAAUAUGCUCCCAAAUUUAUAUCAAACCAAACCAUUUAUUACUCUUGGGAAGGGAAUCCAAUCAAUAUAAGCUGCGAUGUGGAAUCUAAUCCACCCGCAUCAAUUCAUUGGCGAAGAGAGAAAUUAGUCUUACCAGCUAAAAACACCACUAAUUUAAAAACAUACAGUACUGGAAGAAAGAUGAUAUUAGAGAUUGCACCUGCAUCCGAUAAUGACUUUGGACGAUAUAAUUGCACAGCCACUAACCGUAUAGGAACAAGAUUUCAAGAAUAUAUUCUAGCUUUGGCUGACGUGCCAUCCAGUCCCUAUGGAGUGAAGAUUAUAGAGCUGUCACAGACCACGGCCAAGGUUUCUUUUAACAAACCAGAUUCCCAUGGAGGUGUGCCCAUUCAUCAUUAUCAAGUGGAUGUCAAAGAAGUGACCUCAGAAACCUGGAAAAUAGUACGCUCCCAUGGAGUUCAAACAAUGGUUGUUUUGAGCAACCUGGAACCAAAUACAACUUAUGAAAUCAGGGUUGCAGCUGUUAAUGGAAAAGGGCAAGGAGACUACAGUAAAAUAGAAAUCUUUCAAACACUGCCUGUUCGUGAACCAAGUCCUCCAUCAAUCCAUGGACAGCCAAGCAGUGGGAAGAGCUUUAAACUCAGCAUCACCAAACAGGAUGAUGGAGGGGCCCCUAUUUUGGAAUAUAUUGUGAAAUAUAGAAGUAAAGAUAAAGAAGAUCAGUGGCUAGAGAAAAAAGUGCAGGGAAAUAAAGAUCACAUUAUUUUGGAGCAUCUACAGUGGACAAUGGGAUAUGAAGUGCAAAUAACAGCUGCCAAUAGAUUGGGGUAUUCUGAGCCAACAGUCUAUGAGUUCAGCAUGCCACCAAAGCCCAACAUUAUUAAAGACACGCUUUUCAACGGUCUUGGGCUUGGAGCCAUCAUCGGCCUGGGAGUUGCCGCCCUUUUGCUAAUCCUUGUGGUAACUGACGUCAGCUGCUUCUUUAUUCGACAAUGUGGGUUAUUGAUGUGCAUCACCAGGAGAAUGUGCGGGAAGAAAAGUGGUUCCAGUGCUAAAAGUAAAGAACUUGAAGAAGGAAAAGCUGCAUACCUGAAAGAUGGAUCAAAGGAACCAAUAGUGGAGAUGAGAACAGAGGAUGAAAGAAUUACUAAUCAUGAAGAUGGGAGUCCAGUAAAUGAGCCAAAUGAAACCACACCACUAACAGAACCUGAAAAAUUACCUUUAAAAGAAGAAAAUGGGAAAGAAGUCAUAAAUCCAGAAACUAUAGAAAUCAAAGUUUCUAAUGACAUCAUCCAAUCGAAAGAUGACGACAGCAAAGCAUAACAAGAUUACGACGGCUUGAACAACACUAAAAAGAGCAUUUGGAUUGCAGUGACCCUAUGACCAAAACUAUUCCAUUGACCUUAAUUUCUUGGGAAACUUCUAGCUUGGAAUAGCUUGUACACAUAUACAUAUGAUCAAAUACUCCUGUCCAUGGUCCAUUUUCUUUUGUUACUGUUGUUUAUUUUGUUACAUAUUUCAAUAUAGAGACCUGACUGGUGCCAACUCUUGGGUAUUAAUUUGAUUCUUUGAGUACUGCAAUUUAUUGUGUGGCUAAAGUGCUCUGUUUCUUAAGAACUAAAUUUCAUACUGCUGCCUCUAGAACAAAAACGGGUUUUAAAAAAAGCAAAACAAAGAACGCCUGGCAUGUUCUUGAAUUUUAUCUUGGGCAAUUAGAUUUUCAAUGUGGCUUUUCAGUUUAGAAAUAAGGCACUUAAUAAAGGUUACAAUUUUAAUCAAGAGAAUUUUAGGUAACCUAAGGCUUAAAGGAGCCAGAUAUCCUUAGUGGAUAUUGAACAUUGAGAGAAAGUUUGGAGAACUGUUUUCAAGUUAUGAGUACAAUGCUAUUUCAUUGUUGAUUCUUGACAGAGAGAAGUGCCGGAUCAAAAUUGUUACCCAUUUGAAAUAAUGUUAGUAGCGUGUGAAACUAUUUAAAAGGACCCCUAAAUCUCUAUUUCUUUAUAUAUGCCGUAUUCAUUCACAAUGGAUUACACAAACAUUAAAUAUACUGCAAGUGAAAAUAAUGGUGAUUUCUGCCCUCAGCUUCAAAUAAAGCAAAUUGAAAUGAGAACAAUAUUAGUAUGUUGUCUUGAUAUAUUUAUAAAUAUGUGAUUAUUUUUUAUUUUUUAAUAAUAUCAAACACCAAGUCUCUAGUGUUCAAAUAUUUCAAGUCAUAUCCUCAAAUACAUUUUUACCCCAUAAUGUUAGAUAAUCCUUGUGUAAAAUGUCAUUUUCCUAGUGUUAUAUGUCAAUCUUUACAUGUAAUUGGCUAAAUGGAAAUUCAAAUCUUCACAUGGAUCAAAUUAAAGAGAAAUUAUUUAAUGUUUAAAUAUGUCAUAAAAAUGCCAGUGAUACAAUAUUGAAUUGCCACUAUUUGUUUUUAUUCUCGAUGUUGUAGCUAGAAGUCAUUUUAAGAUUUUGAUAAAAAAUUUUGGUUGAAGAAAUUCAUUAACUAUUCAACACAAACUUUCUAAUAUCACUCGUUAGAGCCUAAUACAGAAUAAAAUACUUAUCAACUUCCAAGCUAUGCAAGCUCCCAGAGGUAAAAGAGUGAAACGUGAUUUUAAUUUAAAUGUAAGGUAAACACAUGUAUUUAUGUUUAUAGAUAUAUAUGCCAAUUGGGAGCAGGUUUUUGGCUAUUUCUUAUCCUAGAGAACCCAAGGUUUCUUUAGGCCCCACUACAUUCAUAACCUUUAGUGUUUCAGGUGGUAUUUAGCUCAGAUAUUGACUGGUUGGGGAAUGUGUUCCAAAAGAACAUUAGAAAUUUCAACAGUGCAGAGCAAGCUGUUUUGGGAAGUCUCUAUAUAGAGAUAAUUUGAUGAAUAUUAAAUGAAAUAUUAAUGCCAGUCAUGAACACUUGCACUUACAAAGUGGUUGAAGCUGUUGGUCAAGGAGAGACAAUUCCUUUAUAUCAUUCCUCACUUUUUUUCACGGUCAGCAAGACAGAAUGUGCCCAUUUACAUGUUAAGGCACAAAAUCUCCACAGUGUGUUGUUGCCAUAAGCCAGGGGCUUAUAAUGUAGGAAUCUCUCCUUGCUUUUCUGGCAUAUUCCUGGACAAAAGAAUUCCUGUGCCUAUGGAGGAAUAUGAGUUAUGUCUAAACAAACAAACUGUUAAGGUCGCUUUGACUAACUUGAUUAUCCAACUGGUUUCUUGACAGAUUUGACUGUGGCUGGUUAGGUUCUCUUGUUUGAUCAUCGGUUUCAUUUUACUGUUCUUUUCUUUUGUACCAAUGUGCGAAAACUAGUCAAAAUACUUGAAUUAGUUUGUGUAAGUGUAAACGGGCUUAGUCAAGUGUCCAUGAAGCAAUAGCCAUGAACGCUAAUUUUUCCUGGAUAGGGCUCUGUGGUUUUAAACUAAUGAUGAUGAGUUAGGAAAGCUGAGAAAGUGAUUUAGCAUGUUUACUGUUGUCAUAUUUGUGCUAAACUUGGAAAGCAGAAAUAAUAAUAAGAUAUUUUGUUGUUUUCUCAAUUUCAAAGUUCAGUUUUUUUUUUUUUUUUUUUUUUUCAUUUCUUUGGACUUUCCAUGGAAAGCAAUUCACUGAAAAUAUAUAUAUUUUUAAUGGUAUGUAACUUUUAAAUUUGUUGCUACCACUCAUGUGGGAUAAUGAUCUGAGAUGAAAAGAUAAUGUGAAACUAAUUCCAGACAGACUGUUUCAAGUGCACUGUUUCAAUUGUCUGAGUGGUUUUUACUUUUUGCCCUUAAAAUUCUAUGCCAUGCGGGAGCAAGGCAAUAUUGUGAAAAUCCUUUUUAUUUUUUUUUGACAGACAUUUCAAUGGAAUGCUCCAACUUACUCUAUUUGUACAAAUUUCCAAAUAAGAGAUGGCUUGUAGUAAAUUGUAAAAUAUGAGUAGAAAUGAAAUAAUCUGUUUCUUAUUUUUCAUUCUUAUUCUAGACUAAACAUAACAUAUAACUGUAUAAAUGUUAUUUUUGCUGUCUGAAAGUACUCUUACAUGUUAGUAUAAAAUAUCAGAAGAGUUGACUGAAUAUACAUAUUGUUUAAAUAAUCUGAACCCUAUGUUACUUUAAACCAAGAAGCCAAGAGCUAACUGAUAGGUUAUGUGCAAUUAGGCAAUGACAAUCUAUGUACCACAACAUAUAAGAGGAAACAAUAAUAUCAGCAUUUAACAGAUUUUGUUUUUAAAACUGGGACAAGCUAAUUAUUUUGCAAUGAUUUCAAAAGGAAUUUAAGUAAGAAUUGUGAUUCCUAAGAUCAUUAUUUUUGUGGGGUAAGACAUAUUGCCAUUGUGUUGAUACUAAUGGAAAACAUUAAUGUUUCUUUGUUUUCUUUUACUUUUAACAUUAAUACUUAUAAAAGUAUUUUUUCAAAGGCUAUUUCACAUGAAUCUUAGUCUUUGAAUUAAAUAUUUAUUCAAAUAAAAGGGUUUUAUUGAUAAGUUUAUUUAUUUGAGUGCCAACGAUUUGUAAUUUUAUAAUCAUUCCUUUAUUUUAUGCUUAUUUUUAAUAAUUAAGAUGUAUUUGUGCCUUUGGAUUAGCAUGACACUGUUUUAGUAAAAGAAAAAAAACACAACUGCAAUAUUUACUGAUAGACUUUGCUCAUAUUGUGACACGUGAAUGAUGCUAUCUCAUUUACAUUCAGUGAGUAAGCUCAAUUCAAGCCAAUUUACCAUAAGUACAAAAAUCUAAAUAUAGCAAAUUAUACUAUGUAACUUAUUUCCACUCCUGACAAAAUGAUUCUUUUGAUGUAUACUCAUGAAGUGAAAUAUAUUAAUUUGUUCUAUAUUGUUGUUUUAGACAAUAAAUACAUUCUAAAUAUUGUUGAAAUUAAGUUUUACCAUCUGUAAGUCAAAGACAACCAAUAACUUGUUAAAAUAUGGUAAAUCACUAUGGUGUCAUUUGAAUCUACAUUGCAACUAUUGGUAUAAAUUUGAUUUGGGAUUGUAAAUGAUCCUUCAUUGCUGAUGACAAAGUAAUCACUGAUGAAAAUAUAUACAGUUGAAGUGGCAGAAAGAAUAAUUUCCAUUUCUUAUAAGAAAUAUUGGAAUAGCUUAUUAUAGUUAUUUAUAAAGUUUGCAAUGUUCUUUUCAUGGAGAAUAAUGUAAAUGCUCAAUUUAAAUUCCUGAUGGAGUUCUUUACCAUUAUCAUAUCCAGAAUGCUUAUUCCACAAACUUUACCAGAAGGUGAUAAUAUUUUUUAAAAUGAUAUUAUUAGUAUUAUCUUUAGAGAGAAGAGAUUUUCAUCUUCUUAUAAGCUCUUUGAAGCAUUUUUACAUAAUUUCUCAUUGAAAUUGCCUAUGGAUAUAUUGACAUACUAAAACCAAACUGAGGAAGAUCACAGAAAUGAAAUACUUCAAUCCUAAAAUGGAAAUCUUUCAGGCAAAUAAUCUACUGAUAGGCUAUAAUGAUGUUUCAAGAUGAGACAAUUACGAUUAUAAUGGGAAAGUUAUAAAAGAGUCAAGUCACAGUAGUUGCUGAACUGAUACAAUUUUUUCCAUUUCCCUCCUUUCUUUUAAAAAAUUGCACUUACUUAUGUAGAUGCAGCCAUUUAACAUUAUAAAAAUGCUCAUAGAUUAAUUUUUUUCCUUCAUAUAAAAGUUAAAUACUUUUAUAUUAGAUAUUAUGCUAAAAUGUUUGAUAGCACAUUUAAUGUUAGAAAAACAGCCCAUCAAUACUAUAGUAUUUUAUCAGUAAUUUAAAUAUGUUAGUUGGUAUCAACUGUUUUAUUUUAUGUUUAAUAAAAAUUUCAGUAUUUUAGUCCACACAAUGUUCUUAACUACUGGUAUAAAAAUCACCUAUCAAUUUAAAUAUUGCUACUUCAAUUUUUUUUUCUGAAGUUAAAACAUGUACCUUUUGGUAUCUGAUUUUAGCCUUCCUUGAAAGAGAAUUAGCAAAGUGAUGACUGCUGGAGCAUUUCAAGUCACAACCAGGCGUAUGAAAGUAAAGGAACAAAGAACUGAAAGAAUUCAGAAAUGCAAACUGGAAUCUUACAUUGGGAAUAGAUGUAAGAGCUGAGUAUGAGAAGUUCUCAACUGGGACUAGGAACAUUAUUAAGAUGAAAAUUCAGGCCAAUAAAACAUACUAAAAUAAAGGAGAAAACUUAGUGAAAUCCAGAGGAGAAAGUUCACAGAAAUGGAACCGAUGAUUCAAUUUUGCAAAUCGGAGUUUUUUUAGGGAAUCACAUGCAUAAUAUAAAAUAAAUAGUACUGUUAAGAGAAAAUAUAUUUGGUUACACCCUUAAAGGAAUGUUCAUGGUCUAGUAUUUGCCUCUCAAGCCUGUUAGGAAUAGAUGAACUAUUCAGAAGUAAAAUUUUUUUUUUUUUGGUAUGUGGAUUCUAUGCUGUGUCCAGUAUGCAUUAAAACAUAUUUUCUUCUAUUUUCUUUAACUUAUAUAUAUAUAUAUAUAUACCACUCCAACUCUAUAUUCUUAAGUUAGCUACCACAAAAUUUUCCUAAGGUUUCAAUAUAGUAUGUCCCUAUGAAAUGCUGUAUAUAUAUGUCUAAACUGUAAAAAAUUAUACUGCAAAUGUUGAAGUUUUGUAUUUAUGAGAGACAUUGAAGUAUGGCUUACAGUAAAUCAAAAUUGUCACUCUUCACCAUUUGUAUAUUAAUAGUAAAGAUACUUUUACUUUAAUAAAGUGUUGCAUUUUA